AUGGCACCCGCCGAAACUAGUGAUGAACGUGAAGAGCGAGUUGCCCGCCUCUGGGGCUCCUUGGACUCGCGUAAAGAAGGCCAUAUCGAUGCGGCCGGUCUUAAGAAAGGCUUGAAAAAGAUUGAUCAUCCCCUCAAAAACGCGGAUGAAAUGCUGCAGAACAUUCUUUGUCAGGUUGACACCAAUCGCGACGGAAAAAUCGACUUUUCUGAAUUCCGCUCAUUCAUCAACCGGACCGAGUCUGACCUAUGCCAGAUGUUCCAUGCGAUUGAUCACGACAAAAAUGGCGAAAUCGACAAGUCCGAGCUGCGAAGUGCAUUUGCUCAGUCUGGAGUGACGGUAUCGAACGCGAAUUUAGACAAAUUUUUUGCUGAGGUUGACAAAAACAAUGACGGGGCCAUCUCUUACAACGAGUGGAGGGACUUCCUCCUUUUCCUGCCCUUGCAAUCGCCCACCGACUUCCAUGCCCUGCUCUCAUACUACUCGGCCACUGGCAAUCUCAACCCUGAAGGCGAUGUUCAAAUCAACGAUCUACACGACCUAGGUACUCAUUCUUCCCUCCUCAUUCAUUUUCUCCUUAUUAUUGAAAGAUUACUUUAUAACACCUUCUCCCCCCAAAUUCUUUUUCCCUCGGCCUUUGCGCAUAACAACGUUUCAAUGUCAUCUUCGACUUGCCGGAGUGACAUGACCGUGUGUGACGCUGAGUUCGAUGUGGAAUGGAUCCCGAUCCCGAAAACUCUCGCUCUUUGGAUGUCGAUACGGUCUUAUGCUCGGAAAUUGGCUGAUAAUUCGCCGCAACUAGGCUACUUCGCCGCCGGCGGCAUCGCAGGUGUCGUAUCUCGCACAGCCACUGCUCCACUUGAUCGUCUGAAAGUCUACCUAAUCGCUCAAACCGGCUACAAACGAACGGCUGCCCAUGCGGCGAAGGAUGGCUACCCACUCGUUGCAACCAAAUCGUUGGUAAUUGCGCUGAAAGAAUUGUGGAAAGCUGGUGGUAUCAAGAGUCUUUUCGCCGGUAAUGGAUUGAAUGUCUGCAAAGUAAUGCCUGAGUCUGCAAUCAAAUUCGGAGCAUACGAGUCGGCGAAAAGAGCAUUUGCCCGUCUUGAAGGACACAACGACACCAAACGACUUCUCCCGACUUCACAAUUUUUGGCAGGUGGCAUCGGUGGUAUGGUCGCUCAAUGCUUUGUCUACCCACUAGAUACUUUGAAAUUUCGCAUGCAGUGUGAAACCGUCGCUGGUGGUUUGACAGGAAACAAGCUUAUCGCCGAGACGGCCAGAAAGGUAUGGAACGCAACUGGCUUUUGUGGCUUUUUCCGUGGACUGCCUCUCGGUCUUGUGGGCAUGUUCCCUUACGCCGCGAUUGAUUUGAGUACAUUUGAGUACCUCAAACGUGCUUUCAUCGCCCGAGAAGCACGCAAGCUCAACUGCCAUGAAAAUGAUGUUCCCCUCAACAACUAUGCCACCGGAGCUAUUGGUGCAUUGAGUGGUGGUAUGAGUGCAUCUGUUGUCUACCCCAUGAAUGUGAUCCGCACUCGAUUGCAGGCUCAGGGCACUGUUUUACAUCCGGUCACCUACACAGGCAUUGGAGAUGUCGCUCGCAAAACCCUGGCAUCCGAAGGACCCCGCGGAUUCUACAAGGGACUCACUCCCAAUCUUCUCAAAGUUGCACCGGCCGUUUCCAUCAGUUACGUGGUUUAUGAGAACACGAAGCGAUUGUUUGGACUAACAUAA